ACCACCAUCAUCAUCGCCAGAGCGCACAACACAGUCCCCAAUCCCUUGACGCAAGGAUGGAGAGCUCAAGAGCGCACAUGAUAACUCGGCUCGAUUCCAGAAACGGGAGUGGAAAGAUCAGCGGGAGGCCAGACAUGAGGGGUGACCGACACCGGGAACACCUCCACCUGCAGCGGGCUGUGAUUUUACUCGUUGCGCUCACGAUACAACCGCAGGCUGUGUGUGCCGUGGGGAUGUUCGAGCUUCAGAUCCGCCACUUCCAGAACCCGCACGGAUUCCUGCAGAACGGAGACUGCUGUGACCUCCAGGCUAGUGGGGGGCAGCGCUGCUCUGCCAGGGACCAAUGUGACACUUUCUUCCGAGCCUGCCUCAAGGAGUACCAGGCCCGGGUCGCUUCAACUGGAGCCUGCACCUUUGGCUCCGGCAGCACAGGCAUCCUGGGUGGAAACUCCCAGUCACUCCGUCACCGAGGACACGAUGGAGGAGGAGGAGGAGGAGGAGGAGCAGGAGGAGAGGAUGGGACUAACGGACACAUUGCCAUUCCCUUCAUAUACGCCUGGCCAAAGUCCUUCUCUCUGGUGUUGGACGCUCUGGACUGCGACAACGACACAUCAGAAUCAGGUCAGUUAAUUGAGCGAGUCCUCCUCUCCUCCAUGUUGAACCCUGGUGAACAGUGGCAGACGUAUCGUCACCACGGACGGAUUCUCAGCCUGGAGUACCGGCUUCGCUUUCGCUGUGACUCCAAUUACUACGGACCUUUCUGCAACAAGCUCUGCCGCGCCCGUGAUGACUUCUUCGGUCACUUCAGCUGUGACCCCAGCGGCUCCAAGGUCUGCAUGGACGGCUGGACGGGGCCGGAGUGCAAAGAAGCGGUAUGCAGGCAGGGGUGUCAUCAGGCCCAUGGCUACUGUACGUUACCUGGAGAAUGCAAGUGUCACUAUGGCUGGACAGGUCUUCUGUGUGACCAGUGUGUGACGUUCCCCGGCUGUGUGUACGGGAGCUGCACCGAGCCCUGGCAGUGUGUGUGCGACAUCAACUGGGGAGGACUGCUGUGUGACAAAGAUCUGAACUACUGUGGCACCCACCAGCCCUGUAAGAACAGUGGGACCUGCACCAACACUGAGCCAAACGAGUACAAGUGUGAGUGCCAGGAAGGUUUCAGAGGACGUAACUGUGACAUUGUCGAACAUGCAUGUUUGUCGUCUCCAUGUAUGAACGGAGCCACCUGCGUGGAAGACCCAACGGGUUUCAGCUGCAUCUGCACCGACAGCUGGACUGGAAACACCUGCGCAGACGCGGUGAGGCAGUGUGAUCGGAGCCCUUGCGGACGUGGAGCGACAUGUGAGGAGGCUCCGGGAGGUUACCGCUGCCUCUGCCCGCCUGGAUGGACCGGCAGGACGUGCCAGCUGGACACCAAUGAGUGUGAAACGAGUAUAUGUGUCCACGCCCGCUCUUGUCGCAACCUGAUCGGUGGAUACCUCUGUGACUGCCUUCCUGGGUGGACGGGUCCUAACUGUGACAUCAGGAACAGCAGCUGUCAGGGUCUGUGUUUGAACGGUGGACGUUGUGAGGACCAGGUGUCGGGGUCCAGAUGCUGGUGUCCACCUGGUUUCUCAGGGAAAUACUGCCAAAAUGGCCCAAGUCCUUGUGACAGCGCCCCCUGUCUGCAUGGAGGACAGUGUGUGGAGAAGGAUGGAAGGACGGCCACCUGCAACUGCCCCAUGGGAUAUUCAGGAAUCUUCUGUGAGAUAGUGUUGGAUCUGUGCAAUCCCAACCCCUGCCAGCAGGGGGUACCCUGUCACAUCACAGAGGGCAGGUACAUGUGUGCCUGUCCUGAGGGUUACUAUGGGAAUGAAUGCAUGAGCCUCAAAAAUCCCUGCAUUGGUCAACACUGUUCAGGUGCCAUGUCUGACACAACACACGGGGGCAUCAGCUUCUACAUGAUCCUGGUGGGCAUCUUAGCGUUAGUGACAGUCUGUGGCUGUGCUGCCUGUGCCUUCAUCCUUUCGCACCUCCAUCGAAAGCGGAAAAAGCAGCAGGCCGUCCCACAGGAAGAAGGCAUCAACAACCAGAGGGAGUUUGUCAACCUCAUCAGAAACGUGGACCGUCCCGUUCCCCUCCUGCCGCCCGCUGCCCCGCUCACGCAGCCUCCAGCCCCUGCCCCCGUCUCACGUUGCUACGAGGAGAUUGAACUGACCCUGCCGCCUUCCCCGGCCCCUUCACACCCCUCACCGGCGCUAAAGCCUGCCCACGCUCCCAAAAUGGACAUUUCAAACCAGGACAGGGAGAAGUUGAACCGCUUCCACCACACAGACAACCAGGAACUGGAGCUCUGACCCUUGAGCUUUUGUGCAUCUGAGGAGCUUUUUUCAUUUUGUUUUGCGUCCUUCGCACUCUUUUGCUGACAGGAGCCUGUCUCCAGAUACUGCCACUUUAUCACAGUUGCAGUUAUGAAAAUGGGAAGACCCUUUGACCUUUGUGUGCUCAGAUAGCUAUCGGCAAACGCCUGAGAAGCAAAGGCUGCUAAGUAGAGGGGUCAAAAGUCUUACUGUGUUGACCUCUUUGAGCCUAUUUUGAUGACUGUUGGAAGCAGCAGGUGCAUGAUGUCUGACUGAAAGACUCUUCAGACUCUUGAAUUAAUCUGGAGACUUAAAGACUUGCCUUGGAGUGCCUGAGAUACUGUCAAGAGGAAGUAGAGGAUCAUCCUCUAUAGGAGCCUCUCAACGUGUCUCCUGGUCCACGGUGCCAUGGGAUUGGUGUUCAGACCUCCAUUUCUGUUUCAGACCUAACUCUGACAGACAGAGAGAGCGAUGAAUGGAUGUUUAUUUAACACUAGGUGUGUUUCUGUGUCUAGUUGUCCGUAAGUGUGUGUGUGAGAGAGAAAGAGAAA